UUGCCAUUCUCACAUUGGCAGCAUGGACGACAAGCAGCCGGACGCCAAGGACAACUACCACGUCGUCGAGACGCCGCGUGACGGCAAGGACCCGGCGAUCGAGGUCGACGCCAAGCCCACGCCGGACGACGACGCCAGCGAGCACGCGUUCUCGUUCUUUGCGCUCUACCGGUACGCCGACAAGACGGACGCGGUCCUGAUGGUCAUUGGCAUGGCGCUCUCGAUCGUCAACGGCGUCGUCUUCCCGCUCAUGGCGAUCCUCUUUGGGAAUGCCAUCAACUAUUUUUCCCCAUAUGACCAAGAUGGCAUCAACGAGACGUGCCUCAACUACCUCAUCCUCGCGAUCGUCAUUUUCGUCGCGGGCUACGGCUCGUACACGUGCUUUGCGAUUACGGCCGAGCGCCAAAUGCGGUCGCUGCGCCGCGAAGUCCUCAAGCACAUCAUGUACCAAGAGAUUGGGUGGUACGACCAGCGCGACGCCAGCGAGCUCGCUUCGCGCAUCUCCGGCGAUACCGUCAAGAUCAAGGAAGGCAUGGCGUCCAAGCUCGGCGAAGCCGUUCAGUUCACGUGCCAGUUUGUCAGUGGGUACAUCAUUGGCUUUGUCAAGGGCUGGAACGUCGCGCUCGUCAUGUGCGCGGUCAUGCCCAUGAUGGCGAUCACCAUGACGUUCCUCAUCAAGCGCCUCCGCGACUCGACCGCGCAGAGCCAGCGCGCGUACGCCGCCGCCGGUGCCGUCGCCGAAGAGACCAUCGGCGCGAUCCGCACGGUUGCGUCGCUCAACGGCGAGCCGCGUGCGGUCAAAAAGUACGACGAGAUCGUGCACAAGGCCGAGGCCGAGACGCUGGGCCUCGCGCGCUUUGUCUCGUUUUCGUUUGGCUGGUUCAUGAUGAGCAUCUGGCUCACGUACGCGAUCGGUCUUUGGUUCGGUGGCUACCUCCUCUCGGACCAGAACGACGCGAUCCGGACGCCGGGCUCUGUCUUCUCGGCCUUCUACGGCAUUCUCUUUGGUACGAUGGCGGUCUCGCAGAUCUCGCCCAACAUCUCGGCCGUCGCGUCGGCAAAAGGCGCCGCCACCGAGAUCUUCAAGAUCCUCGCGCGCCCGUCCAAGAUCAACGCGGCCAACCUCGAGGGCGACGUGCCACCGUACUGCAACGGCAAGGUCGAGGCUCGCGAUCUCGUGUUCUCGUACCCGACGCGCCCAGAAGACAUUGUCCUGCGCGGCUACUCGCUCACGAUCGAACAAGGCCAGACGGUCGCGCUUGUCGGCUCGUCCGGCUCGGGCAAGAGCACGCUUGUCGCCCUCCUUGAGCGCUUUUACGAACCCACGAGCGGCCAGAUCCUCCUCGACGGCCGCGACAUCUCGUCGCUCCAGCUCAAGUG